AUGGACGCCGGUCAAGUGUACUGGCCAAACGUGUUAGAUAACCAUGGUCCAUCUUUAGCGUAUUUUUUUCUUUCUAUCCGCUCUUGUGACCAUUUUCAUUUUUUCUUUUUUUAUUUCCAUUUCUUUCUAUUUUUUUUCUCUUUCUUUAAUUUAUCACAAUUUCAAAUAACAUAUUUGAUCUACUUUUUCUGUCUCUCUCUUUUUUCGUUUUCUUUGUUUAUCUUUAACAAGUUUUUCCUGCCAUUGGUUUUCCAUUUUGCUCUUUUUUUAAUAGAUCUUUUUCUUUCUUUUUUUUCAAUUUUUCUAUUCUUUUAUUUUUUUUCUUUCUCUUCCAUUGGUCUUUUCUUUUCUUUUUACCAGCUCUUUUUCUUCUUUUUUCUUUUCUUUUCUUUUCUUUACUUUUUUCUUCCUUUAUUCCAUUCUAUAUUAAGUUUGCAAUUUUUUUUAUUUCUUUUUGAUUCACAUGACUUUUCUCGUCCUUUCUUUCUCCCUCUCCUUCUCCCUUUCUUUAUUGUUUUCUCCAUUCUCUCUUCUGUUUUCCUCUUUUCGUUUUCAUUCUUCUGCCAUUUUCCCAUCAUUCUUUCUUUCCCCUCUUUUUCUUUCUUUAUUCUUUUCGAUUUUUUCCUCUGCUUUGAUUUUUUUCAUUUAUUUUUUAUUCUCUGA